AAGACACAUGUAAAAAGAAAUGCUAUUUCUAUUAACCAGUUCAAAUCGUUUCCACAUACUCACGAUCACCGCCACAGCGACAACAGCAAGGCGCGCGCCGUCACAAAAUUCAAAUCUGCUCUUUCCCAUUUGAACUCUCCCCUCCUCUACGUUUCAACCGUAGCUUUUUUUCGGUUACAACAACCAGUUCUUGCAGUUGCUGUUACUAUAAUCAAAGGCAUAACCGCUCACCACUGUAAAUACUAUAUAUUAGUAUUACAUUGCGCGUUAUACCCAUGUACUAGCUAUUGUUGCCAUUAUUGUGGUUCCACCGCUACGAUCACUCGAUGGCCGCCUAGGGUCGCCUACUCCAGGAAUAGCGAACGCUCCGCACACUUCUGUACACCAACUAACUGAGGAUUUCCCUGAACUAUGAGCUACUUCGACAGGUCUCCUUGUUCAAACAAGGCUAGCAGACUUAGUGUAGAAAAAUUAUACGGUGAUCAAGUUACGCAACUGAGAGUCGCUUGUGAAAACAGAAGAACACGAGAGACUGGCCGUGUUUGAUAAUACUGCCAGGGAUAUCGUACAAUAGCGCAGUAUAAAAGCCCUUGUGCUGCCUUAUUGUGCUGUCAACCAUAACAAAUAAUUGCUAAACAUGUAAGUACAUUUUAUCUAGUGUAUCAUAUAUUAGCCUGGACGUAGCAAGAUGCUAUAUUCUAUAAUUGUUUGUAUAUACGAAAUUCUUAGUUUGCUUAAGGACAGUAUGAAAAGUGGAAGAGUUGUUGCUAUAGGAAAAUUGGCCGAGGGUGUUUUGUUUCAACUCUGGAUAGUCAUUUCAGUAGAAUGUUGUCACGUCGAGUAGCACAAGGCCGGUGGACGGCAUGUUUCUCGCUAGCCGUAUUCCAAACCCUCGUCGGUAUUGCAGUCGGAAGUUUAGCGGUAGCCCACAUGGUGAUGGCUAGUCUAUUUCAAGGUGGACAUACACCACAUGUUGAUGCCUGUCAUGAUAGCACCAUAGCGGCAGCACUGCAGGGUAUAACCCUUGUAGUAGCAGGAUCUCUCGGAGUUUGGGCAUACGCUUCGUUCCUAGCUCCCCUUCCGCCCCCGGGGACGAUCAAAGACGCCCCUUCGAGACGCCGUCAACCGCGGCUAGCUCUUGUGGCUAGCCAUGUGCUGUUCUCCGCAGUUGUUGCUUUCGUAGGAUAUAACGCUGCUGCUUCUCACGGAUGUUUCGCUCUAGGAAAAGGAGGCGAAAAAGCCAUUUUUGGAAUCGUUGUUGCUCGAGUUGUCCUUUCGUACCUUUGCCAUAUUGUGGGCGGACUGUGUGCCGGCCUUGCGAUGCCGGACCUUUGCCGAGCUGUUCUCAAGGGGCAUCAACAACACAACUUAGCUCAAGCUGGCUCUGGCGGCGGCGGCGGCGACGACGACGAUGCUCGAACUGGUGGACCGCAACAUGCAAAUGUUCAACGAAUCGUCGAAAGAAUGAACUCUCAAACGGCAUUUGUCACGACUGAAUCGACUAGUAACUCGCAGGGAUCGAAAAGCAAGUUUCAAAAACAGCAGAUGCUAACAGUGAUCACACUGCCUGACAUGGCUGAUGGCUCAACGAUAUAUGCCGUACCCCAAGACCAGUAUGUAGUACAACAGCAGGACGGUUCCAUAAGUAUUCCUGCGGCUACAGCCAUGCCGAACAUAGCGCAGAGUACGGGCGUAACUUCUAUAAGUCUAUGUAAUAGUAAUAUCCGUGAAGAACAACCAACUGAGGUGAACGUUACCACAUUAGCUGAAGAUGCUAAACUGGUUCUCUAAGCCUGUCUCUAGGGCAGAUGUAAAGUAUUAUGAAAACAUGUUGACUAGCCUCAAUCUAUCAGUGGGAGCGGCAUGGGUUUUAUUAAGUGUCACAACAAAUAAUGUUGUGCUUGUAUUUAGUACUGGGGUCUCCAGUCUUUUGAUCAAAAUUUACAGUUUAUGCCCGAGCGUAUUCUACUGCGUUGCCUUUACGAACAGAAAAACAAAACGCCGACGAUCUGUGCCAAGUUGAAAAAAACUUGGGAGUUAGGAACGUGGUUUAGAUAGAAUUAAAUAACCUCAACGUGUGUUUCUUGGCCAAAUAGGGGCUGAUCAAGCACAUGUUGGCUGUGUUUCUAGAUGUCAGGACAACUAAUCUUGUCAGUCGUUGUUAAUUAUCUCGUUUUUUUAGACUUGUGAUAACCAUAUUAACUUAACUGCAGUGGGGCCGUCAGCGAUGUAACAUUUCCGUGUUCGGACAUUAAAUGCCGAACAUUUAAUUUUCACUAGCCUUCUAUGCAUGUUCGUGGCUGUCUGUGUACGUUUCUAUUUAAUCAAGGGGUCAAAAAAAUAAGAGCUUUGUAAUUUUUUUCUUGACGUCGAUAUCUUCGAGUUGUAUCAUAUCAAAGAAGAAAGCUAUCGCAAUUAACUAACCUUGCUCAAUACUUGUAUACCUGAGUACGAAUAAUUUCUCAUUCUAUUAGAGUAAAAAUAUCUCAGUGUGUGAGCAUUGACGAGCCCCAUAUAAGUACAUAGAACUUGGAGAUCAAAUAACUGCAUUAGGUGAAACUUCGUGUACUCAGCACAAUGCGUUUCUACUUUGUUUUUGAUAAAAAAAAAAAAAAACCAGCAAA